AUGUAUGGGUCUGGCUUUUUUAAAUCCAGGGUCGAGAACUAUAUUCCACGAACCCCCAUCAAAUUCAAACCUAGACACACAAAUAGCAAAAUUGCAACAGAUCUGGCAGAGGAAAAGAAAAGUACAACAAUCCCGCAACUUAUCCAAGAUGAUGUCCCCGAAUUUAAGCCGGGUCAUAGUUUUUUGGUGAACCCGCUUUUGUCCUCAGGCCAUACUCAGACAGCAUACACUGCUUUGAACAAGUUUGAAAAACUGCAUCAUGUGCAUUACAAACGAGAAAUCAUUACCAUUGAAAACAAGACAUAUCAGUUACCAGAUGGUACCAGGUUGAAGUACGACCAAUGGGAGGGCGAGAGUACCGUGGCAUUAGAUUAUGCCAUGCGCCAACCAUGGAAAUCUGAUCCGGACCAUUUAAAGUAUCGACCAUCUUCGCAAAAGGAGGAGCUUCCACCAAGAACCGAGUUCAAAAACCCUAAUGAGCAUCUCAUCAACAAUGACGAAACUGACAAGCCCUUGCUUGUGGUGCUUCAUGGCUUAUCUGGUGGGUCAUAUGAAUCAUAUAUUCGUGCAGUUCUUGAAAAGCUUAUUGAACCACCAUACAAUUUCGAUGCUGUUGUUUUAAACUCAAGAGGUUGUGCACACCACACAAUAACCAGUCCACAACUUUAUAAUGGUUUAUGGACAAACGACGUGCGUUAUCUCAUGAACGAAGUGGUUGCUACUAGAUGGCCCAACAAACGAAUAUAUAUGAUGGGGUUUUCGCUUGGAGGUGCGAUUUUGGCAAAUUACUUGGGCCAAGAGGGAUCUUCUGUUCUGCUGAUGAUUAAAGGUGCAUGUAUGUUUGGCACGCCGUGGGAUUUUCCUGAUGGUGCCCACCAUUUAAGAGAAAGUUUAAUUGGCCAUAACGUGUAUUCGUCAACCAUGUGUAACAAUUUGCUCAAGUUGCUUAAUGGACACGGUAUCCUUGUUGAAAAUGAUUUUGUUAAGCAAUACCGAGACGACCCAUCUCAAUACAAUGUCAAGUUCCUUAAGGAUUUUGAUGAGAUUUUCACCAGUAGAUUAUUUGGCUUAAAUUCAGCAGAUGAAUACUACCGGUUUGCAUCACCCAUUCAAAGAUUAUUAAAAGUUCGCGUUCCUACAUUGAUAGUCAGCUCAAAGGACGAUCCUGUUGUUGGAUCAAGAUCUUUGCCAUACAGCGAAACUAAAUUGAAUCCUUAUGUCACAAUGGUGACUACCACAGUCGGUGGCCAUUUGGGUUGGUUCACUUGGAACGGAGAGAGAUGGUACACACAACCUAUUUGUCAAUUUUUCAAGCAAUUGGAUCAAUGGGAUGUAGAUGAGAGUAGUGUUACUGAAGCGGACUUGCCAAUUGAUGUUUCAACUAGUUGGAAAUACGACAGAUUGGUGAAGGGCAUGUUACCAAAUUCCACCGAAGGGAAAUUCUAA